CUACUGCGGGAGUCCAGCAAGAGUCACAUCACACUCGUGAAAGUCCGGCCAAACACCUCCAGAUACGACAGAGUCCAUUUAUCCCUGGAUAUUUGUCCUGCGCGGCUGCCCGUUGCCGGUGUGUCACCUAAAGCAGGACUUUGGAUAUUAUCAAGGAUCGCAAGAGCAGAUUUGUUUUCUCCGCAGUGGGAAGGCUUGAUCCACCCCUGAGCCUGAUGAUUUGAGAGGGAAGCAAUACAGCGAGACUGUACUGUAGCCCCACAAGUCACCAUAUUCCUGCUUUAAUCCGCAUUUCAUCUGAAUCUGCACGCGCGCGCUUGCUUUCACUCCGCUUAUCGAUCACAAAUCACUCGCUCGUCAUGUUUAUGUUUCUUUUUUAAACGAAUCUCACCCGAGAUUUCUACUAACGCCAUUUUAACGCGAUAAACGCCGUUUGGUUGAGUUUGAGGGAUUGUAGAGUGCUUGUCAUGAUCUCGAUGUAAGUGGAUUUACUCUCGUAGACUUCAGCAGCGGCUGCAGCAGCUUCAGAAAUGGUUUCACCUGGGAAAAACUCCAACUUAGCGAGAUUUGUAAGAUUCCUGGAGCAGUAAGGAGUCAUAAUCAAUCACAUCCCUCUCUGAUUAAACUCGAUUACCCGGACCGGUGUCCCACUGUCCUUUUGGGUCCCUCUGCUUCCUGAUUCUUGGACCAAGCUUCAAGAUUGGCAAUGGAACAAAGAGACUUUACUCGGAUGGCCCGGCCCAAAGGGAAUGAGGAGUUCUUCUCCACUGUUACCACAAUCAACAGAGCAGACCUCAGUGAGGUGGGUCUUCUGGCCAGCCCAAUGAAGAGCCUCCCUCUGCCUGGAGAGCAGCAGGACCAUGAAGAGGACGAAGAUCUCGGACUGGGGAAGGAUGUGGAUGCCGCUUCCAAUGCAGACAGUGAGAGAUGGAGUCAGGGAGACGGGCUGGAAGACCAGGAGUUCUCCAUCAAGGAGGCCAAUUUCUCCGAAGGCAGCCUGAAGCUAAAGAUCCAAACGACCAAGCGGACCAAGAAACCUCCCAAGAACCUGGAGAACUACAUCUGUCCUCCUGAGAUCCGCAUCACCAUCAAGCAGCCUGGGGAUCAGAAGACUACCAAACAUGGCAAGAACAGCAGAGGAGCAAAAGAGGAGGACAAAGGACCCCCCAGAAAGAGGACCUAUGAAAGGACCUAUAAACGUGUGGGUAAAACUGAUGACUUGAUAAUGGAUGGCCUUAGGGAGAGCACAAAACCAAAGCAUGAGUCUAAAAGCAACGACAUUCACCACCUUGACUGGACAAAGUCAUCGGAUACUGUUGGAGAUUUAGCAUCCCAAGAGCAACACAGGACAGAACCAGAAUCAAAAAGAGAAAUGGCAUCCAUUCACAAGAGCCCUUUGUCAGAGCCCAACAUCCCAUUCUCAAAAACGCAAGUUAAAAAGGUCACAGAGGGUUUAUCUGGAAGUCUCUUUGCCUCUGCCAUGUCUUCCCCAGGCGCUGACUCACUAGCAUCAUCUCCAGCUGAUAUAGCAAUGAUUCCCCCAACUGACUCAAGUGUGUUGACACACUCUUCUUUCAGCAAGGACAGAUGUUUGCAGGAAGUCACCGAGCAAGUGUUCGGGAACAUCAAACGGAAAUAUGGAAGGAAAGACCCAGUGAAGGCCAAGACAGAGAACACCCUUAAUUUAGACAUUCAGUGGGCCAAAAAGAUUAAAAGAGAUACCGAAAUUCAAGAUAGUACUAAGGAUAAACAACCCUACAACUCUGAUAAAGGUGAAUUUCAGAAAGAGGAGCCUGAUAAGUUAAGCAAUAAGGCGGAUGAUGAAAAUAAGAUACUGUCAAGUGGUGGUAUUCAUCACUCAAAUGAUUCUAAGACUAGAAAGAGAAGAAAUCGAAAAACUGCAGAAGAUAAAAACUUAUUAGAUGAUCCACCAACCACACACCAAGUAGAGAAGACCGAUAAAGCUGACCAAGGUAGCACCAAACCUAAAAUGACAAACAAUAUAGAAUUCAGUGCACCAAAACAGUUUGGUGUGAAUAUAUGGGAGACAGAGGAAGACAGUGCUGGGACAAUGACUGAUGAUGUUGAAAUAUUUAAGGAUAGACAGAGGAAAAUCCCAGCUGGGAGACCAAGAUCAAUGAUUGACCCUGACAAGCAAACAGAGGCUAGGCAAUCCAAGGUCAAGGACAGGUGGUCUUAUUUAAAGUCCCAGAACUCUGCUCCACAUAAAGAUGUGAAUCAAUCUCUUUCUAUUGAAGAGCCACCCUCUGCCUUCCCUAUUACUCCAUCCAGCCCACUCUACACAAACACAAACAGUUUGACAGUCAUAACCCCAGUAAAGAAGAAACGUGGGCGGCCCAAGAAGCAGCCAUUACUUACCGUGGAGACGAUUCACGAAGGAACCACAACAAGUCCCGUUAGUCCUAUAGCCCAAGAUUCAUCAAGCACUUCAAAGAGAAAGAAAAAGCAGAAUAUGUCAAAAUUGGUGCAGUUGGCCUUAAACAAUUCUCCAUCUCCUGCACAGCAGUUGAAACUCAAGAAAUCAGGUCAAGAAGGUGUCCUUAAAAAGAGGGCAACUAAGAAAAUGAAACUGGUGAAGAUGCAGAGCAUUUUGAAUGAACUUUUGUCUACUUCGAGCUCUGGCAAUCUUGCCUUGAAGUCCAAUGUUCUGUUUUCAAAUGCCAUGUCAACAGUGGCAUCGACAAUCGAGGCCCGUUAUGGCAAGCAAAUCAAUGUAAGCAAGCGUGGAACUAUUUACACAGGCAAAAGGCGAGGAAGGAAACCCAGAGCUGAUCAGCAAGCCCAGCAAAAUGAGCACAAAGCCAGUGAUAAGCACUUGUUGCCUAUUUCCAGUCCGUUCGAGAACCCUCUAGUGCCUUCUAAUACAUCAUCUGCAACCGGAAUGCCUUCUCCCAGGGUCAUGCAUUCUUUCUCUGCUCACUCUGCAGCAGGUGGGAUGUCUCACCCUGCCACCACAGAUACCAGCCAGCACGACCUGAAGACAAUGCCAAAUCUACAGCCUAUCAGUGCAUUGCCCUCAAAAACCCAUAAGGGCUUGCUCGGUAGUAACUGGAAGCUUUCUCCCCCAAGACUAAUGGCCAACUCACCAUCUCACCUGUCUGAAGUGGCUUCUAUCAAAGAAGUAACACUGUCUCCAGUUAGUGAGUCCCACAGUGAAGAGACAAUCCCUAGUGAUAGUGGAAUUGGCACCGACAACAAUAGCACAUCAGACCAGGCCGAGAAAGGCCCAGCAUCUCGCAGGAGAUACUCUUUUGAUCUGUGCAGUUUCGAUGCCACAGAGGCUGCUGUUCUCGAAGCAAAGAGCAAAGCCGCAAGGGGGCACUACCAGAAGCGAACCACUGCAGUUGCUGUGGAAAAUUGUUUUGCUCAAGAGAGUCUGAAGAAGCAGAAGCAUCGGAGAAAGCGCAAGGCCCUCCAGAACCGGGACGACCUGCAGUUUAUUGCUGACCUCGAGGAGCUGGUUAGCAAAUUCCAGGUCUUCCGAAUCUCCCACCGCAGUUGCAAGUACUACCAGGAGAAUUCGUAUCCCAGCAUCUUCCGUCUCAACUUUGACCACUACUAUCCUAUUCCAUACUAUCCCUAUGAUCCUGUGCACUAUCUUCGCAGGAGUUCAGAAAAGUCAAAGAGGAGGCGUGGUAGGCCGGCCAAAUCAAAUGAGCCAUUAUCAAAGAUGCCUUUCAUUCAAGGGUUUGGCUGCCCAGUGCUUGGUGGCAGUUACUAUGCACCCUACACAAUGCCUUACACAUCCAUGCCUCUUGCCACAAGUAUGAUAAACAUGGGCUAUUAUGGCCAGUACCAUUCACCCUUGUACUUAUCUCAUGCACUUGGACCUUCAGGCUCUCCUCUCAUGAGGCCACCAGUCCCUCCACCAAAGUUCCACCCUGGUGCAUCCUCCAGUCUUGCUGCUACUAGCAGACAUAGAGCAAAGAGUAUGCCACAUGAGAUGCCUUCAUCCAGAAUGAGUGACUCCCAUCACCCUUUGAGAAGUUGCUUGUCGAGUGUCUGUCUCCACAAACGGAAACACAAGCCCAAGCACAAACAUAAAGAGGACCAGUACAUCCCACCGAUGGAGGAACUUGGUGGACUCUUCAGUGGAACCCAGAGUCCUGCCUUCCUCAGCCUACUAAACGAGAGACUAGAGAAGAACUCUCUGUCCAAACUGAAGGACAAGCCAAGAGGCAAGCAAAGCACAGACGCUUCACCACAAGCUUCCAAGAACUUCUUUGAAGUAGACACUUUGUCAUCAUUGUCCUUAUCUGACUCUCAGCAUUGCAAGCGCACUCGAGGAGAGACACUGAACAACUUCCUGAACAUCUGCACUAGACAACCACAUGAGCGACUGCGGGCCAGCCAGGAUCAGUCACUGGACUUGUUCAAGGGGCAGCACUUAGGGGAUGAUGAUUCCAUUGUUAACAAGAGGAGGCAUAGCUUGGAGGACUUUGCAUCGUUCAGAGAGGAAAGCAUGGCUUCUUUCCAACGAGGUAGAGAUGAGAGGGCAGAGCAGAUGUACCAGUGCCCGAACGCAGCUGUAGCAGAGUCCAGUUCCUUCAAGAGAAGGCGCAAGCAUAAUGAGGUGGAGGAGAUCCAGUGUGACAUGCAGGCCUUCUCCAAGAUCAUCACAACAAAGAAGAACCUGGAUCACGUCAACAAGAUUCUGAAAGUCAAGAGGCUUCAGAGGCAAGCCAAGACAGGGAAUAAUAUAGUGAAAAGACGCAGGGGGAGGCCGAGGAAGCAGCCAAUUUCUCUCGAGGAGGGAUUGCCGGGGCAGAUGCCAGUUCUAGAAAAGUGUGUGGACCUUCCUGGGAAGAGGAAUCUUCACACCGGUCUGGUGCCUGCUCAGCUUGAGUUCUCCAAUCACGAUUCCAUUACUGACGCCAUUGAGUCAGUGGUUAACAUGGCCAGAUCCCAACCCAGCCCACAGUCCACGCAGGGAGGCACGCAGUGGCACAAAGUUCAGCCAGAGCUUCAAAUAGAGCGUCCUAAUCGCAAAGGCAGAGGGAAUAGGAGUGUAGAUGCUAAUCUUGCCUCUCAUUUUAGAGGUUCUAACAGUGCACUGUGAGUUAGCCUUUUGCUUGGGUCUCUGUAUCGUUUUUUUUUUUUUUUUUUUCGCUUUGUUUUGAGUCUACUGACACAUUUUAAUGGGCAUUUGCUGAGCAUUUGGAUCACGGUUGUGGUCUAAAGAGCUCCACUUUCAGUUUCAGAAUUUUUUGUCUCAAGGAGAAAAUCAUGAAGAUAUUGAAACUAUGGCUUUAGCCAUAAUCUACCAGCACAUGUAAAUGAACUUGUAUAAAAGAAACAGUGUACUUUUUUCUUAGUUGUUUUUGUUUCACUCAAGCACAAAGUAUAGAUCUUCUGGCAAAGGUUGAUUUCAAACAACAGGUCACCGGUAACUUGCUAACUUGCAUACACACACUUACAUACAUUUGCCUGUGCUCAGGUGUGUUCCAGGCAUGAACUAAUGGCAAUACUUUUGAAUGAAACCCUUUUCAGUGGCAUUUUGAUGGCUAUAGUUUGACUGUACAUAGUUACAUAUUCUACAAACAUUUUCAAGUAUUUUAGAUCUACCUAUACUGUCAGCAUAUCAAAUCAAAAACUGUAUAAUGUUUGAAAUAAUGUUUCCUGUUUUCUUUUUUUAACCAAAUAGAAGUAGAUGUGACAUUAGGAAGCUUAUGUUCAAAUGGAGAAACAUACAUACUAAUGUAAUCUCAACAAAGUGGAAUCACUGUAGAUUGAAGGGUUGGUGAAGACAAACGACAGCGAAAUAAAUCAAAGUAACCUGUAGACACUACUUCACAGCAUGCUAGAAGAAAAAUGCUACGGUUGCAUUUAAAAACAACAAAGCGCUUAUUUCUUUUGUAGAACAACUUUAGGUGGGCGAAGUAUUACACAGUGUCACAGUGUUGGUUUUCUCGCUUUAUGCAAUAGUGAGCAUCUGGACAAUAUUUUCAUUAUCUGACUGGAAAACAAGUUCUUGCUUGGUUGCUCAACUGAGCAACUGAGUUGCCUUCUCCAGAGUCUAUUUGAGAAUGUGCCUGCUCUUGUUAACUAAACAAUAAUAGUAUGUCUAUAUACCUGUCAGUAUUAGAUAUCCACAUGACCAAAGUUUCAGUGUAGUCAGUGUAUCAUAGUAUAGAUGCGUUUCAGUUUAGCUGCUUGUAUAUAUUACUAUGAAUGGAUACUAAGUGUGGUGGUGUGGUUAUUUGUUGAUGUCUCUGUUGCUUGGAUUGUAAAAAAUAGGAACCAGAAUGUACACCGAAGUCUAUUUAGGUGUCAAACACAGGACAUCGCAAACUAAUCAAAAAUGUGUCCUGCGCUAUUUUAGAAUAGGUUCUAAUUUGAAUAGCUUUCCAUUUGUGAUUAAUUUCUAGUUUUUUUUUUUUUUGUUUGUUUGUUUGUUUCUUCAUAUAUGUGCCUUAUGUUUGUCUAUGAAUCCAUAACAUGUUCAGGUACAAGGGACAUUUCAGAUAUCAGUCAAGAAUGUGCAUAAACAAUAAUCUUUUUUUCUCUCCUGGUUUUAAUGUGUUAGAUGUUAUCGUUUCAAUACACUUAGACCUUGCAGGUCAGUUGUCUUGCUGUAAAAGGCUUUAUUCUGACUAUAAAUACAUUUACUAUAUAUUUACCAAACUUUGUAAUAGUUCAGUAAACAGAUAGCAUCUAUGGUACACAUCUAAAUGUACACAAAAUAACUCUAUAACCAAACUCACCAUGAUUUUUGACAUUAAUACAUGCUUAUUUACUAUGCACCAGGUUAAUGCUGUGAAUCAACUGAGGCUUUUUUGCAUCUACUCUUUUGUAAGCUUUCCGUUUUCUUUGAACCAGUUUAAACGAUGAAGUGGUCUUAAUGAAAUCUGAAUAGUUGUACUGAUCAGUAGAUUGUCAGUUGUGCUGAAACUGACUAUCAUUUUUUUUUUUUUGCAAUUCUAAUCAUUGUCUAGGGGAGAGAAAGAAAAUACCAUCUAAGCAGUGCGGCCUUAAUCGAAUGUUAAAUUGUCCCCGUAAAUAGUCUACCCUAUCUAGUUUGCUGUAUAGCUGCAUAAGUCAUGCCUAAGAAGUAAGAAACAUGUCAAUAUGUUUAACUCACAGUUGUCCAAAGCAGGACACAUAUGGGCUUAAAAUGCCAUUUGGUGUUAUGAAGCAUUAUGUCCUUGUGAUAACUUAAAGUGCAUUUAAGCUAAAAGAAAUAAUAUAUGCUGGCAGCUAUUUGUCUCAGCCAGUUGUACUGGUCUGGAAGGACAUUUUUGUAGUAUGUGCCCAAUUGGACCGGUUCUGCUAACCACCUGGAAGCAUUGCCAAAAUUGUUGACCUAUAGUAGUGCUUUAAGCACCGAAAGACAUCAAAAUGUACACCGUAGCAGUUUUCGGAAAAAUGAUAUUGUCAAGAAGUGGCUUUGGUAUCAAGGCCUGGCAGCUCAAAUUUGCUUGUCUUCUAUGGUUUCAAAAUGCCAGAUAUAUUUUCUCCACCAGCUGAAAAGUGGUGCCUUGUGAAGUUAAGGUGUAAAUUUUUUAUUUUAUUUUUUUGCUGUUAAACAACAUUAGCAUCUCUAUUACAUGCUGUUUGUGUCGAGUAAAUAUUAACAGUCACCAAGACCAUAUUAUCUGCUCAAAUGUCGUCACCAGUAUCAUAUUUUAAUUUGUAUUGUUAUUAAUGAAGUUAUAACACAAAUGAAGUGUUGAUCAAAAAGUAAUAUUCCUGACAAGGACACAACAAAAGCUCUUAUCUUAUCUCUUAUCAAAUUUGUAAUUCAUACAUAUGGUGUUAUGACCAUUUUCUGUGUCUGCAUGCCCUCUUUGAUUGUAUGCCUACAAAUUUUUAAGUAUUACAUUUCAAUUCGGAUAAGAUCUUAUACAUUGUUUGAUAUGUUUUUUGUUUUUUGUAAUAAAUCAUUUUGUACACUGUAUGGAUAUUAAAAACAGCAAAUAAUGGACAAAUAUAAAAAAAGAAUAAAUACUGAUAUACACAAACAUAUACAUUGUACAUAGAAUGUAUGUAUACACAUUCAUGUUUUAUGUAACUGUGAGUACAGACAUGUUUAUAAAUACAAGUACUACGCUGUACAUAUGUACAUACAUAUACGCUUGCAUGUGUUUGGUCAUGUUUGCCGUUCAUGAUCUUGUAGUUUUAUUUUUUUAUUUCUCCCUUUUCUUACUGUAAAGCUCAGUUUUGUGCAUCCAUCUCUGGUGAACAGUAUUGAGCAAUUAAAAAACAGUUGAUCUUGUUCAUGUCAUUCGUUGUGCAAAAAAAUAAAUAAAUGAAAUUAUCGAGAGCUCA